CCCCUGACUCCACGAAAGGGUCUCGGCGGCGUGGACAAGACCUCUCUAAUGUCUCUGCUGCGGUCAAACAGCGAGACUGAGGAAUUCGCGAACGACCUUCCACCGGAUCUGCAAAGGGACCUCGAGAAUACGGAUGGUCCUACACAGUACACAGUGACUGCGCCCUCAGCUCAGAGUUGGCGCCAAAUGAAACAGGGAAAAAGUCCUGAGGCGAUACAACAGAUUGCGGCCAGCCACGUCACCAAAGGAAAACAGUGCUCCUCGGACCUUACCAAGAGCUCACAGCGCAUGAAGCGAGUGAAUGGACAACAGAACGAAGUUGUGUGCACUGUUGACGGCAACAACAAAGAGGUGCCCAAAAUCAAGGAUUCUUGCGGAAAUACCCACGCCUUCACGGAACCAGAUAAGGCAGCAGGCAAUGGUGUGCUUCAUAUGUUGGAUAGCCCAGUGCCUCCCAGCUCGACUCUCACCUUAAAGGACUUCCUCGACAGACCGGAAUGCGCAAAGGCACAUAACAUUGACAAAUUCAUCAAGGAUCUCAAAGACUGUGAUCUCUAUAUGAACGAUGCUGAUCAGUAUGCUCUAAUCGCUCCGGAAAACAGCGCCUUUGACUGGUGGAAAAAUUAUCCGCAGUUCCAGGCGGAAUACCAGCGUUACCAGACAGACAAAGAGUAUAGAUGCCGCGUUGCUCGUUAUCACAUCGUAAAGCAUGAUGGAAACCUGAAGAACAUUACAGCAUUCUCGGGACAUACGGACGGUCAUCGUACGAACAACAAAAAGGAUGAACUCUACGAGACCACUUACUUUACUAAGGAUAAGAUGGGUUCUAAGGCAACGACAAACUUCGAUUCGAUUCCUCUCAAAGACUCCUCUAUUUAUAAGACUUCGAGGAUCAACGUUAUUCCCGAAAAGACUGUGUCCGAAGUUGUAAAUAGUAAUCCCGAACUAUCACGUGCUGCAAAAAUUAUGGAGGUUGCUGACGCCGAAAAUAAAAUCACAAAACCGAAUAAGCCCAAGAAUCUGUUUCUCGUCACUGAGAACGAGGGUUGGCUCGACCCACGUUCAAAAGCCCUUGGAAAAGACUUAGUCAGUCCGGACUUUGCGACCUAUGAAAGAUACCCAGAGCUGGCCGAAAAGUACACGCUUCUGAACCACGUUCCCCUCUACCUCUGGGGAGGUGACAUUGGUUACUUUGAUCCGAACACAGUUCAUCGGUUCCCGUCUUCGGCUGGUGUCGACUUAAUCUUCUGGAUGAAUGACAAGGGUGAAAUGCGAAUCGGCUAUGAUGGACUGCCCAAGGACCAAUGGGUAUGA